AUGUUGUAGUGGUUAUGUGUUGACUUGAACAUACACUAGAUGUUGUAGUGGUUAUGUGUUGACUUUAGUACAGACUACAUGUAGUGGUUAUGUGUUGACUUUAGUACACACUAGAUGUUGUAGUGGUUAUGUGUUGACUUUAGUACACACUAGAUGUUGCAGUGGUUAUGUGUUGAAAUUUAGUAGAAACUAGAUGAUGUAGUGGUUAUGUGUUGACUUUAGUACACACUACAUGUUGUAGUGGUUAUGUGUUGACUUUAGUACACACUAAAUGUUGUAGUGGUUAUGUGUUGACUUUAGUACACACUAGAUGUUGUAGUGGUUAUGUGUUGACUUUAGUACACACUAGAUGUUGUAGUGGUUAUGUGUUGACUUUAGUACACACUAGAUGUUGUAGUGGUUAUGUGUUGACUUGAACAUACACUAGAUGAUGUAGUGGUUAUGUGUUGAAAUGUAAUAGAAACUAAAUGAUGUAGUGGUUAUGUGUUGAAAUUUAAUAGAAACUAAAUGUUGUAGUGGUUAUGUGUUGACUUGAGCAUACACUAAAUGAUGUAGUGGUUAUGUGUUGAAAUGUAUUAGAAACUAGACGAUGUAGUGGUUCUGGGACAGCCGCUGAUGUGCUGUGCUUUGAGCGCUCCCACAGGGUAUCAAUGCCUCGGCUCUGGAGAAAGAUAUUGGAGCGGAUCAGUUCCCGGUCAACGAGCACUACUUUGGCCUGGUCAACUUCGGCAACACCUGCUACUGCAACUCCGUGCUGCAGGCGCUCUAUUUCUGCCAGCCCUUCCGGGAGAAGAUCCUGGCCUACCGCAGCCAGCCCAGGAGGAAGGAGAACCUGCUCAGCUGCCUGGCAGACCUCUUCCACACCAUCGCCACCCACAAGAGGAAGGUGGGCGUCAUCCCGCCCAAGAAGUUCAUCACCCGCCUUCGCAAGGAGAACGGAGGACAAGAAGCAGGACAAGACUAAUGGCCGCCUGGCCAACGGCACCUUAGACUCUCAGAACAACAACAACAACAACAACAACCAGCAGCAGCAGCAGCAGAAGACCACCUGGGUGCAUGACAUCUUCCAGGGCACACUCACCAACGACACCCGCUGCCUCACCUGCGAAACGAUCAGCAGCAAAGAUGAGGACUUUCUGGAUCUUUCUGUGGAUGUGGAACAAAACACCUCCAUCACACACUGCCUCAGAGGCUUCAGCAACACUGAGACAUUGUGUAGUGAGUACAAGUACUACUGUGAGGAAUGUCAGAGCAAGCAGGAGGCACACAAGAGGAUGCGUGUGAAGAAGCUGCCCAUGAUCCUGGCUCUGCACCUGAAGCGUUUCAAGUACAUGGAAAAGCUGCAGCGCUACACCAAGCUGUCCUAUCGUGUGGUCUUCCCACUGGAGCUCCGCCUCUUCAACACGUCAGGUGAGGCCACCAACCCUGAGCGUCUGUACGACCUGGUGGCCGUGGUGGUGCAUUGUGGGAGCGGUCCAAACCGAGGUCACUACAUCACCAUCAUCAAGAGUCACCACUUCUGGCUGCUCUUUGACGACGACAUCGUGGAGAAAAUCGAGGCUCAGGCCAUCGAGGAAUUCUACGGCCUGACGUCAGAGAUCUCCAAGAACUCUGAGUCGGGCUACAUCCUCUUCUACCAGUCCAGGGACUAGACCAUGUGACAGCAAGCCCCGCCCCCCAGAUUGUGCUAUUUGUAUCAAAUGCACUUUUGUCAGCGAGCAGGACGAUCCUCAUCCUCAAUUGUUUUCUGUUUUAAAGAAAAACCAAUAAAGUUGUCAUUCUUCCUGCU